AUGGCGACCGCCACGCUCUUCCGCUCGUCGAGGGCAGCUUUCCCUCGACAGAGCUUCAGAGUCAGAUCCUGCCAGUUCCAAAUCAACGCCAUGGAGUCGCGCCGCAAUCUUUCGUCGUACCUGGUUACGCCAAAAGAGCUCGCCGAAGCUCUGAAGAAGAGCCCGCCCUCGCCUAUCAACUCCGAACCUCGAGUCAUUCCCCUCUGCGCAUCGUGGUUCCUACCCAACGACGAGCGCAAGGGCAUCGACACAUUUCGCCAGCAGCGCAUCCCUAAGGCUCGAUUCUUCGAUGUGGACAAGGUCAAGGAUAAGCACAGCCCGUAUCCGCACAUGCUCCCAAGCGCCAAAGAGUUUGCGGCAGCAAUGAGCGAAUUGGGCAUCAGAAAAGAGGACACAGUCGUUGUAUAUGAUUCGAAAGAGGCUGGUAUCUUUAGUGCGCCGCGUGUGGGCUGGACGCUCAAGGUUUUUGGCCACCCCAAGGUUCACAUAUUGAACAACUUCAGGCUGUGGGUGGAGGAAGGCUACCCAACAGAAUCGGGCGAGCUCUACAGCGUUGAAUGUAGCAUGUAUCCCAUUCCCAAGCUGAACCCAGACGAUCAAGUGGCCAGCUUUGAGGAGGUUAAGGAAGUCGCCAAGGAUUACAACAAGGAGGGCAGCGAAGGCGUACAGAUUCUGGAUGCCAGAGGUGCCGCUCGUUUCACAGGCGCAGCACCCGAACCCAGAGAAGGACUGUCCUCUGGUCACAUGCCCGGUGCCAUCAACAUCCCAUUUGAUGCCGUCCUGGAUCCCAAGACAAAGGCUUUCCUGCCCAAAGAAGAGUUGAAGAAGUUGUUUCAGGAGAAGGGCGUGGAUCCUGAGAAGCCCAUCAUCACGAGUUGCGGAACCGGCGUGACUGCAGUCGUGAUUGAGACUGCUUUGGAGGAGGCAGGCUACGGCUCUACGGAUCAACGCAGAGUAUACGAUGGCAGCUGGACUGAGUGGGCACAGCGUGUCAAGCCGUCCGACAACCUCAUCAUCAAGGAUGUGGAAUAA